AUGAGAGAUAACAGAAGUAUAGUCGUUCAUAACCCUGAUUCAAAUACUACUGGGUUAACUGUGCUCUUUUAUAACGCUCCUCGGGUUGCCCAGUAUAUCAACAUCAAAAAAGAUACAGCAAAAGACGUGAUGACUAUUUGUGAAGUAGAAGUAUUCGAAGCAAUCUGUACACAGGGCUAUUUUGGACAAAAUUGCACUACAAAAUGUUCACAGAAUUGUAUGGAUAAUAAAUGCAACGCAGAGGACGGCAACUGCGUACUAGGAUGCAAACCAGGAUUCGAUUUUACAAUAAACGAGAAUUGCUCAACAGUUUGUACACAAGGCAAUUAUGGACAAAAUUGCUGCGGGGAAUGUUCACAGAAUUGUAAGGAUAAUAAUUGCAACGCAGAGGACGGCAACUGCGUACUAGGAUGCAAACCAGGAUUCGAUUUUACAAUAAACGAGAAUUGCUCAACAGUUUGUACACAAGGCAAUUAUGGACAAAAUUGCAGCGGGGAAUGUUCACAGAAUUGCAUGGAUGAUAAUUGCAGCGCAGAAGACGGCAACUGCGUGCUAGGAUGCAAACCCGGAUUUGAUUUUGCAAUAAACAAUACCUGUUCAUCUGUCUGUACACAAGGCUAUUAUGGACAAAAUUGCAGCGAAAUAUGUUCACAGAAUUGCAUGGAUGAUCAUUGCAGCGCAGAGGACGGCAACUGCGUGCUUGGAUGCAAACCAGGAUUUGAUUUUGCAAUAAACAAGAACUGCUCAUCUUCUCUCACUGAAGAUAACAGAGAUCAGGAAGCUUCUAACGCCGGUGCAGUAGCUGGAGGUGUAAUCGGAGCGCUUUGUGGUGUCGCUGUCAUUGUCGGUGUGGGGUUUUUCUUCUACAGAAGAAGACUUAGGUAA